AUGUGGAGGAAGUCAAAGGUGACCGACCAGACUGCUGCUGGUCAGGGGGGUAUCAAAAGAAGAUCAAAAGUUCCUGGGGUUAUGAUCACUCAAUAUGUUCAGGAACUUCCUGAAGAAAAGAGUACACCCGAUUUUACCCGUAAACCCAUUGCUUUGACCAUUCAAGAAGGCAAACUAGCUGUCUUCAAAGCCAUUGUUACUGGAGACCCUAAGCCGACUGUAACAUGGAGUAGAGCCAAUGGUGAAAUGAAAGAUCCAGAAAAGUUCCAGAACAAAUAUGACCCUGCAUCCAAUGAGCACACCCUGGAGAUGCCCAAAGUGAGUGUGGAUCAAGCAGACACUUACAAAUGCUAUGCCACAAAUGAGUACGGAAAAGCUGUUUGCACCGUUGUCCUCAAUGUCAUUGAAGUUGGCUUCAAAAAGAACAAAGAAAUGCAGAAAUUGGAAAUGGACGUGAAGGUGGAGGACCCACGAGAGCUCAGAAGGAGGCUGAAAAAAGGUGCUGGCAAAAAGGAGGAGAAAAAGGAGGGAGAGAUUGAUGAGGCAGUAUGGGAUUUGCUGUUGAGUGCUGACAAGAAAGACUAUGAACGCAUCUGUGCAGAGUAUGGCAUCACUGACUUCCGUGGCAUGCUGAAGAAACUGAUUGAAAUGAAGCAGGAGAGGGAAGAGGAGCAGGCACAGUUCAUUAAACACCUUAGUAAUCUGAAACCCAUCGAAGUCAAAUCAGAAGAUCUUGCAACCUUUGAGUUGGAUUUGGAACUCAAAGAUCCCAAUAGUCGAAUCUUCCUUUACAAGGAUGGUGUCAUGGUAGCUUACAGUAAAGAUACAGACAAGGAGCUGAAGCAUGACCUGAAGCAAGUUGGCAAAAAAUUUAUAUUCACCAUCAAAAAUCUCAAACCUGAAGAUGCUGGCAUGUAUCAAGUGGAUGUGGAGGGUGUAAAUAUUUUCACAACUGAUUUCAAGGUUCCUCCUGUGGAUUUUCUUGUGAAAAUUCAAGAAGUGAAGGCAGAGGAAAGAGAAGAUGCCAUCUUUGAGUGCGUUGUUACUCAACCUUUGGAAGAAAUUACGUGGUCAUUAAAGAACAACCGUAUUUCAAACAGUGAGAAAUAUGAGAUUACAGUUUCUGAGGACAAACUCAUCCACCGACUCAGGGUCAUUGAUUGCAUGCCUGUAGAUGGAGGCAUCUACACUGCCGUAGCUGGUAUCAAAUCUUGCAGCGCUUGGCUUAUGGUGGAAGCUGACAAGGAUUCAGCUAGCCAGGGCAAAAAGGCAGCUCGAAAGACCACACAAGCUGGAGGAGCUGGUGGAGCUGAUCUGGCCAGAAUUGCUGCUGAGCAGCAGGAGAAGCUCAAGAAGGAAAUGGAGGAAGCAAUGGAACAUGCUAAGAAGGUCCAGGCAGAGCGGGAGGCUGAGGAGGCUGCAGCUAGGGCAGCAGCUGAAAAGGCUGCAGCAGAGGCAGCUGCAGCCGCUGCUGCAGCAGCAGCCGCUGCUGCUGCGGAGGCUGCAUUGGCAGAGGCCAAAGCCAAAGGCGUAUCUGAGGCAGAAGCUAAAGCUGCAGCAGAAGCUGCUGCAGCAGCGGCCAAGGCAAAAGCUGAGGAGGAAGCAAGACUGGCAGCUGAGGCCAGAGCCAGGCAAGCUGGCCACGGAAAAGGAGUAGGUGGAAUGGGAGGUGCUGGAGCAGGUGGAGGAGCAGUUGGAGUUGGAGGGGCUGCAGGAGUUGGUGGUGCUGCUGGUGCUAUGGGAAAAGGAGGAGCAGGAGCUGCAGGUUUAGGGGCUGCAGGAGGGGCAGGAGUAGGAGCAGGAGGAGCAGGGCUAGGUGCAGGAGGAGCAGGGGGAACAGGAGUAGGAGCAGGGGGAACAGGAAUAGGGGCAGGGGGAGCAGGAGUAGGUGCAGGAGGUGCAGGAGUAGGUGCAGGAGGUACAGGAGUAGGAGCAGGAGGAGCAGGCAUAGGUGCAGGAGGUGCAGGAGUAGGGGCAGGAGGAGCAGGUGUAGGUGCAGGAAUAGGAGCGGGAGGUGCAGGAGUAGGAGCGGGAGGUGCAGGAGUAGGAGCAGGAGGUGCAGGAGUGGGAGCAGGAGGAGCAGGAGUAGGUGCAGGAGGUGCAGGAGGGGCAGGAGUAGGAGUAGGAGCUGCAGGUGCAGGGGAUGCAGGAGCAGGAGCUGAAGGAUUAGGGGGUGCUGGAGAAGGAGCUGAAGGUGCUGGGGGUGAUGGCUCAGGCACUGGCAGUGGAUCCAAGAGGCGAAAGAGAGAUGGCCCUCUUGUUCCAGACACUGUCAUAGGUGGAGAUAGUGAUGUGGCUACAGGCUUUGCUGAGGCCGCUGCGGACGGGUCAGCUGAGACAGGCAAGCGGCCACGCCGCACAAAGCAAGGUCCACUGCUACCGGAAACGGUCAUUGAGUCUGGCGUUCAUUUCUCUGCUGGCCUGGAGGAUUGCAAGGUCAUCAUUGGACAGCCAGCCGAACUGGUUUGCAAACUAAGUAGUGCAGACUGCCAGGGAGUCUGGUCUAGGGAUGGCAAAGAGAUAACCUCCUCGGCAGGUUUGACCAUCAGCAAAGAUGGUGCUAUCCAUAAGCUGAAAAUUGACAAAGUCUCAGAAGAGUUUUCUGGAACCUAUCGAUUUGAGGCUGAUGGGCGGAAAACAGAGGCUGUGAUUUCUGUUGAAGACCCACCAAGAUUUGACCCCAAGGACCUUGAAGAAUUUGCAAAGCCUGUGGUGAUCAAAACUGGCCAAAAGGCAGCAUAUAAGAUACCAUUCAUCGGCCGUGAUCCAGUGAAAGUUCAGUGGUACAAAGAGGGCGAGGAACUCACACCUGAUACCAACAUCAGGAUUGAGAAUGCAGAAGGCUAUAGUCGUCUGCUCCUUAACAAGCUGCAUCGUAAAGACAGCGGGGAGAUCAAGAUCAAACUCAAAAAUGAGUUUGGCAUUGUUGAGGCAUAUGCACAGCUUGUUGUUCUUGACAAGCCUACUCCUCCACUUGGACCUCUGGAGAUUGUUGAAGCUUCUGCCAACUGCAUUGAGGUUAAGUGGAGAGCUCCUAAAGAUGACGGUGGCUGUCCAAUUUCAAAUUACAUUUUGGAGCGCCAGCAAGUAGGACGCAAUACGUGGAAAAAGAUCGGCCAGAUCCCAGGUGAACCCCACUACAAGGAUAGUGAUGUGGACCAUGGCAGAAGAUAUUGCUAUCGUAUCAGAGCAAUGACAUCAGAGGGCAUUAGUGAGCAAAUGGAGACUGAGGAUGUCCAGGCUGGCACAAAAGCCUACCCUGGCCCCCCAUCCACCCCUAAAGUUGUAAGUGCCUUUAAGGACUGCAUCAAUCUGUCAUGGACACCCCCUGCCAACACUGGAGGAUCUGGCAUUGUGGGCUAUAACCUGGAGAAACGCAAGAAGGGCAGCAACCUGUGGAGCCCCGUGAACCCAGCUGAUGAACCAAUUAAAGCAAAACAUUAUGCUGUUAAAGAUGUGAUUGAAGGACUGGAAUAUGAGUUCCGUGUUUCUGCAAUCAACAUAUCUGGAGCUGGUGAACCAAGUGCUCCUUCCGAGUUUGUGUUUGCCAGAGAUCCCAAAAAACCUCCCGGUAAAGUCCUUGACCUGAAAGUAACUGACUCCACCUACACCACUCUGUCACUGAGUUGGACUAAACCAAAAGAAGAAAAAGGUCUUCAGGAUGAGGUUAAGGGAUAUUUUGUGGAGAUCAGGCCAGCAGAGAGCACAGACUGGAAUCGCUGCAACACCAAUGCUAUAAUUAUGACCUCAUACACAGUGAAAGGGAUGAAGUCCAUGGCCAUGUACUGGGUGAGAGUAAUUGCUACUAAUGAGGGAGGAGAGGGGGAGCCUCAAGAGCUGGACAAUUAUAUCCUUGCCAUGCCGCCUCCUGUGAGACCAAAAUUCACUGAUGCCAAAAUCAAGAGCUUCAUGGUGGUCAGAGCUGGAAACUCAGCUCGUUUCAACAUUAACUUUGAGGCUUCUCCAUGGCCUGAAGUGACUUGGCUUAAGGAUGGCGUCCCUGUAUCCAAACGCGUCACCAUUAGCAAUGCUGACGGGUCAUCACAGCUUCUGAUUCCAUCAGCAGAAUGGUCUGACACAGGAAUUUACACCAUCAUAGUCAAGAAUAUUGUUGGUCAAGAGACCUUCAGCAUUGAGAUCAGAGUCACAGACGAGCCUAAGCCACCUGGUCCAGUGGAGUUGGAUGAGAAUGUGCCAGGCACAGUAACUGUAUCCUGGACUCCUUCACCGGACGAGAAGCGAGAUGAUCGCCUGCACUACACGAUCAUGAAACGCGACUCUGUCAAGAGGUCGUGGAACACCAUUGCAGACCGCAUCUUCAAUAACAGAUUCACCGCUUGCAAUAUCAUGCCUGGCCGUGAAUACCUGUUUCGUGUCUAUGCUAAGAAUGACAUAGGCCUCUCCGCCCCCUCUGAGUCACCCAAGUGGUUCAUAACAGCCAAGAAAGAGAAAUUCACCUUGAAAAUGCCAGAGUCUAAAACGUGCAACUUGGAGAGGCCACCAAAGUUUCUGGUCCCACUCAAAAUGCAUACAGCUCCACAAGGUUACGAGUGCUACAUGAGCUGUGCUGUCAGGGGCGACCCCACCCCCCACGUCACUUGGUACCGCAACAAUGUCAGCCUCAACACAGACCCCAACUACUUCAUCUCUAACACCUGUGGUGUGUGUUCCAUGCUCAUCCUCAGAGUUGGACCCAAAGACACAGGAGAGUACAAAGUGAUUGCAGAGAAUAACUUAGGACGGGCUGAGAGUAGCACCCAACUCACAGUCAGAGAGUAA